AAGAAAAAAUAAAUAAAAAAAAAGUAACACCAAUGGCUCUAAAUGGUCAAAACUAAGCACUUGAAUGUGCGUAUUAAUGUCUUAAAUACACACUGAACUCUGUGGCUACAAUAAGCGGAAAGAAAAAUAAACGCACUAAAAAAAUGAACAGUAUAUUAACAAAAUUUCGUAAGUUACCUUUGCAAUUUCCACUCGUCCGUGGUAUGGUAUCCUACGCUGUGAUUUGGCCCACGUGCAGCAUAGUUCAGGAGUACAUCGAAAAUGGUACAACGAUUGAAAACGCUGAUUGGCUCAGAGCUGGUCGUUUCGGUAUAUUCGGUACAUUUUUCAUGGCGCCAGUUUUCUACGGAUGGAUGAAGUAUAGCGGCAGGUUCUUUAGGCGGAAAAAUUUAAGGACAGCCGUGACCAGAGCGGUUAUAGAACAAGUCACGUACUCACCAGUAGCGAUGGCUUAUUUUUUCUUCGGGAUGAGUCUUCUAGAGAUGAAACCAUUUAAGGUCUGCGUCAACGAGGUUAAGGAGAAAUUUUGGCCGACAUACAAGGUGGGUGCGAUAUUUUGGCCGACAGUUCAGACGGUUAACUUUUAUUUCGUGUCUGAGAAGAAUAGAAUUGUAUUCGUGAGUCUUGCUAGUUUUGUCUGGACAAUAUUUAUGGCGCACAUGAAGGCCAAGAGGCAAACACAUUCGAAUAAAAUAAACAGUAUUGAUGACUAA